AUGCCGUCAACGUCUGUAGCUUUUUUCUUUGGCAAUUUGGAUAAAACUUUACGCACUUCACUAUCUGUGACGGGGGAAAAGGAGAAACCAGAAGAAGAGGAUACAAGACGGAGGAGGAUCAGUCAGGAUGAACACCACAGUACUGAGGACCUCUUACUUCCUGAUGUUACACAGUCCAGCAUAGGGGAGGAACCAGUGAACACAAAUCUUCCUCAGGUGGAUGCAGGGAGGCAGUCACUGACUAGAAGGGACAGAGUGAAAUGGCCACCAGCCGACGACAAACAGUGGGAAGCCUUCGAUGAUGAUUUGGACAAGAUUCUGGAAGGCACAUUAAUUGAAGACGUGGAUAAGAAAAUAGCAGCCUUAUCAAAAAUUGCAUAUACAGUUGGUAAAGAAUGGUUUGGAACAGCCAAAGCAGACAAUAAGAGCAAUGAACAAACUACCAGCAGUAGACGACAGCGAGAGAUUGAGACUCUCAGGAAAGAGAAAUCAGAAGCAUCACAAGGCAGUAUAAGAAGGCAAACCAUGAAGAACAGCUUGGACUCAUUGAGACUCUUGAACUGUUCCCUACUGGUGCUAUACCCAGCGUUGCUUUGCCUGUACUGGUACUUGCCGCCAUUGCAGACGAUCCUGAAAGGAAAUGACGCCAUUUCCUCAGCUAAAUCACAGGAUGAGGCAAGAACUCUCUCCUUGAUCACCAACCAUGAACUACUUUUAAACUCUGUACCAAAAUCAUAUAACAAUGGAUUCAUCGUCUACGCAUGCAGCAAAGAUCACUCCUGUGGCGGAUGGUCGGACAGAUUGUCCGGAAUUCUGUCUGUCUUUGUAAUAUCACUCAUCACAAAACAACAGUUUUUAAUUCACCAUAACAACCCCUGCCUUCUUGCCGACUUUCUGGCUCCUAAAGAAUAUGACUGGAGAUAUAAUUCAAGUAAUUUCGUCAAAACAGACAAAAAAAAUUAUGUUCUCCUAAAUAGAAAAUCGUUGCGAGCAAAGAAAUAUCUUUCUGGUGAAAAGAAUUUAACAAAAUACUUCAAAAGUCAUAUUAAUUUAAUACACAUGAAUUGGGACUUUACAGAUGUGAUCAGAUCGAGGCCGCACAUUGGAAGCGAGGUUCCGUGGAUAACAAAGUUGCAUUUUGCAGACAUCUAUAAGGAACUCUACAAUUAUUUAUUCAAACCAUCUGAGACACUUUCCCGCGCUUUAAAAUCACAAAUACGGUAUAGACCUAAGACAGCUUGUGCUCAUAUUCGUAUUGGGAAAAGUCCAACCAUCCCUAAUGACCCUCCGAGGCAUCAACAACCUCUGGAAAUUUUGUGGAAUUUCUUGGAUAUUUUAGAUAAAAAUGUGUAUGAUAUUUUUAUAGCAACGGAUGACGACAGAGUUGUUAAAAGGGCUACAAAUCGUUAUCCAAAAAAUAUAGUCAACACAGAUGGUAAAAUUGGGCAUAUUGAUGCAAUUCUUCAGCGAAAAAAUCUUGACCAACAAGAUAUAUUUCUUAAAAUGAUGAUGGAUUUUUACGCGUUGAUCAAUUGUGAUAUACUGAUUCUCACCGAGAGUGGGUUUGGUAUCAUGGCAGCUUACAUUCGGAACAGUGACUCUGGUCUAUAUUGUUGGAGAGGCUCCGAACUGAAUCCUUGUUCAAGAUAUACAAUCCAUCAUAUGUUCCCGUGGCCCGUGCUGGCACCACCUGAAUAUUUUCCCGUUGAAAGAAGGGUUUCUCAAAAAAUAAGGAAAAAAGGGAAAUCUGUUUAA